GCUCUAUCGACAUUAAACAAUGGGCAAUAUUCCAAAAUAAUCUAGAGCAUUUUGUAAAUUUUGAACCAACUAAAUGGGAUUUAGUUCUUUUAGAUAAUUUUCUUGAGAAAUAUUCUGAAGGUGGUACUCUCGAAGAAUUUAAAAAAUAUUUAGAAGAAAAAGAUAAAAUGGCUGAAUCAUCAAAAAAAAUAUUAAAACAACAGAUAAA